AUGCCCAUUGAAGUUGGACCCAACUGGUACAUUUAUAGUAUGCAUUUCACUGCAAUUAUCACUACACCAAUUAAUAUAAUUGGGGUUUUAAUUAUUUUAUUCUGUCAAAAAAGUCAGCUCGCGUCAUUGAGAUGGCAUUUGUUGACGUUUCAGAUCUGCUCCCUAACCAGUGAUUUUUUCAUCAACAUUGGCACAUUGCCAGUCAUCUACUCUCCAUUCCCAAUUGGUCGACCCCAUGGAAUCCUGACCCAUAUUUUUCAAUUUUUGGGUUUCCAGAAAAGCACCGAGGCCCAGUGUAUAAUGGUAUUUGUGUCCUUAUACAUUACCGCUGGAAGUGUUGAACUAUUAUUUUUCCUUCGAUAUCAAAUUAUUCUCCCCAUGAAUCAUAAACAUAAAUUGAGCACUUUUUCAUCUGUAAUUUUAGUUUUCCUAUAUCAAGUAUUUCUGAUAACAAUGAUGAUUAUCAGUUUCCAUUAUGCAGUUCCCGAUCAAGAAGUUGCCAAAGCCCAAUUCGCUAGAUUAUACCCAGAACUACAGUAUCUAAUUAUCGAUGAGCAUGUCUAUUUUGUAUGUGUCAUUGUCGAACUCAAACAUGCACUUUUUCUGGCCUCGUGUUUUCUGAGACUUGCAUUGGGACUCGCUACUGUGAUCCUGUUGAUAUGGUUAUCCAAUCGGUCCCUUCAUAGAUUUGAUCUAUCUGUGAAGACAAGAAAAAUUCAUUUGCAAUUGAUAAAGAGUCUUUGUUAUCAGAUCUCCAUUCCAAUCGUUGCGUUUUAUGUUCCUCUUCUAGCCGUCAUCGGUCCUCUGAUGUUUUCAAUCCCUAAUACUCAAAGUGAGUUCUUUCAAAUAAUCUUCUUCAUCUCCCUAAUCUUCUGCUCUCUUCACACUUUUCUUGGCACAUUGAGCAUGAUGUACUUCAAUCGACACUACCGUUUAUGGUUGAUUUCUACAGUUAAAAACAAAUCAUUCACGACGACGUUACCGACUUCGAAGUUUUUGGUAGCAAAGGAUAAUGCAUCGAGAAUUGCGUCUGCCAUGUUUUGA